AGCUGAUCUUGCAGCAUGAGGGCUGAUUACUGGAAAUCACAACCAAAGAAAUUCUGUGAUUACUGCAAGUGCUGGAUAGCAGACAACAGGCCUAGCAUUGAAUUUCAUGAAAGGGGAAAGAACCAUAAGGAAAAUGUGGCAAAGAGAAUUAGUGAGAUUAAAAAGAAAAGCUUGGAAAAGGCACAAGAAGAGGAAAAAAUGUCAAAGGAAUUUGCAGCAAUGGAGGAAGCUGCACUGAAAGCAUAUGAAGAAGAUUUAAAAAGGCUUGGAGUUAAGCCAGAGUCCAUAGGUCCCAGCUCCACACAAACUAAACAAGUGGAAAAGAAAGAAAAGAAGGAAAAGAAAAAAAAGAAAGGGGUCACCUCAAAAAUGUCAUCAGGAGAAACAAAGGAGUGGGUACGAGGAUUUUCUCCUGAGGGUUACACAUAUUACUACAAUACAAUUACAGGAGAGUCCCAGUGGGAGAAGCCUGAAGGAUUCCAAGACAACCCCCAGAACUCUCAAACGACAGCAGUAUGGGUGGAAGGAGUCACUGAAGAUGGUCAUACAUAUUAUUAUAAUACACAGACUGGAGUGUCAAAAUGGGAGAAACCUGAAGGUUUUUUUUCACCUUUAAAUGAGAGCAGACAAGAUGACAUUCGUUCUAAAGCACUCACAGCAGCAGCUUCAAAGGUAGCUGUAUCACGUACUGAAAAGGGAGGUAAAAAACGUGAAGUACAGAAGCCAAAAAUAAACUUUAAGAGGAUAGAGGAUAGUAUUGAAGAAACAGAGGAAGAGACUCCUCCCAAAGCUAAAAAGAUAAGCCCUUAUGGAAAGUGGCAGAAUGUGAAACAAGGUGGUGAGGAGGAGGAGGAAGAGGAGGAAGAAGAUGACUCUACAUCAGUUCCACAAAAAACAUCCCACAGUCUUUCUAAAAAGACCAAUCCUUAUGGAGAUUGGGAGACAGUUGCAAAAGAGGAAGUCUCAUAUGAAAAAGUGGACUUAGAACUUCCUAGUAUGGAUAGUGACCGUCUACCUCCUCCAGUGCUAGAAGUUCCAGAGGAUGCAAAAGUGAUAUUUAAAGAAAAAAUAGUCACAUCCCUUGGAGACCUGACAGAAGGGAUAUCAACCUUUAGAAAGAGAAAAUUUGAAAAUGGAAAAUCUAGAAACUUAAGACAAAGGACAAGUGACCAGUAAUACUUUAACAAAUUGAUUUAGUUGUUUAAAGUAAAGAGUCAGCAUAAAUAUUUUAAUGACCUUUUUUAAAGAAAAAGUUAGGAAUUAAGAAUUUAUAGUUGUUAAAGUGUGUUGGCUGUGCAUUGUAAUAUUUGUUUUAUUUUGAUUUCAGUGUGAUUACAUUUUGUUUUCUGAAUGGAAGUUUAUGUUGUAUUACUCAUGCAAUAUGUUAAAUAAUUUUUAUUUUUUAUUUCAGCUAUAUGAUCUGAAUUCAGUUUGCUUAGUGUCUGUUAUUUUAGAAUUUUUUGUAUAGUUUGACUCCCUUCUUAGCUAAAUAGAAAUAUAGCAAUGUACCACUUGGACAAAUUUGGUAUAGAAUUUGUAUGUGUACACCAAAAGUGAAUAAACAACAAUGAGCUACCACCAAUGCUUUAGGCCAAUGGUUUUCAAGCUAAAGUACGCAUACCCCCAGGGUUAUAGGUACUUUGCUAAGGGGUACAUGUCUAAAUUUGAAUAAUGGCAGUGGAUUUUCCAAUUGACCAGUGCAUGGUGAAUAACGGCAUUGCUGUGCAUUGUCAUCAGUAUUGACAUUGAUCUUAAGGAAUGAAUAAGCAGUAUUUUGCAGGUAAAGGGGUACACAGCCAAAAGUUUGAAAACCACGGCAUAGAAUCAAGCUCUAACAUUGCAUAUGCAGAGUAGCCUUUCAGCUAAUGAGUAAAAGAUAUGUGCCUCUGUGCUUUGCUUUAAUGGUUGUUAAACUGCACAUAAUGAUCAUUCAUUCAUUAUAAGUAGUCUGAGAUUUUCCAAAGUCAAGUUUAGAGGGUUUAGCCAUGCAUAUAGCUAGUCAUUUCAAAAAGGAGAUUCAAAGGUUUUGAAAAAUCUUAACCAUAGUGUUUUACUUUGAGCUCAUGGAAUGUGUGUGUGUGUGUGUAUGUAUGUAUGUAUGUAUGUAUAUAUAUUUAUAUAUAUAUAUAUGAUAAAUAUAUUACAAGUGUACGGAAGAUUCAGACCUUGUCCUCACGAAUAAGUUUGUCACAAUACCAGUACUGAAAAUGCAUCUUUAGUUGCAGACCUCUAACAUCCUCUCCAUCAUGUUUUUACAAUAUAGUUGUCUCUCCUUGAAUUUUCAUCUAUUUACACAGUUAAUUUCUUUUCUCCAUUCCUUGUUUUCUUUGUAAGCCAGGACUGAUCUUACCCUGACUCCAUAAAUGUGUCUUGUAGGUAGAAACAUGCUCCAGUACCCAGCACUAUUUAAGUAGCUGUUGCUUGUUUAAAGUGUUUAGAUGAGUGCGCUAUGUAGGUGCAGACAGUGCCAAGUCACUGAUUGUAAAAAAAAAAAAAAGUGCCCAAGUGUGGUCUAAUAGCAACAAUAGUUAACUAAUCAUAACAGCUGAAGGGGAAGAAACCAAGUGCACAGUUGUUUCGAACAUGUGCAAGAAUUUUGGAACAGGAAAUUAGAAGAAUAGUAAACAUAGCUGGUGGCAGGACUCUCACAGAGCUCUUUAGGUACCCAUCUGCGAGAAGUCUGCGAUUUAAAUGAUGAAACAUUUUAAGGUUAGUGUCCUAAAAUUCACAAUUAGAGUUCAUUUUUCAAAUGAUGAAAUUGUCUUUGUUUAGCGUCAGUGAAAAUCUGUAGGCUGAAAAAGGAGAUGGUGGUACACAAUGCUUUCAUAACUAUUGGCUCUGUUCUUCUGACACAAAUCUAAUGAUCGACUAGUGUCUCCCACUGUAAUGUAGAGUCCCCACUUCUAACUUUUGUUCUAACAAAGUUAUUCUGUGCCCAAAUACAGUGUGAGAUACUUCCUAAGUGCCAGUUCUGUGGAAGUUUUGACUAAGCAAGGAGAGCAGAACUAGAACUGACCCAUAGUACAGCAGAGAUUGAAUUCUUUUUUGCAGUUCUGUGGCAUCUUUUGGAGGUACAGAAAGAAAUUAAGUGAAUGGUUCUCAGCCUUUUUAGCCUCAGAGUGUGCGCUCUUAGUUUUGACUCAUUCUUUGACUACAGAAAAAUAAUAAAGCAAUUUUGUUGCAGAGAAUUGAGAAAGACCACAAUGGGCCAGAAUAUUUUUAACACCGUGGAUUCCCAUUUGAAAUCUCUGGGUUUAUCUUAUGAAUCAUGUUUGCGUACCUCAUAGCGCUAACUUUGUGAGGUACCCCACAGCACCCUCAUAAGGUGCCUCACAGCACCCUGGGUGAGAAUCCAUUGAAUUAAGUAAUCAAGUACUUAGUCAACUGUGUUAUUUGCAUAGCAGGACAAGAAUGAAAUGUUUCUUCCAGUAUAUGUGUUCUGGGACAAAUGUCAAGGGACUCCUUAAUUUCCAUCCAGAGACCAUCAUUUAGAGGUCCCACUUUUCAGUAUGUUCACUGAAUGCCUCCUUAGUCAUAGGAAAAAGUAAGUUAUCUUCGUUCAACACUAAAAUAAUCAGUAUACUGUGCAGUAAUGAGCAUGC